UGUAUAAAACACACAUAGCGCCCACUGCAACAUUCCUAUCCUUUAUUCGGCUUCUCUAAUCUUCGCCGCCGCGGUUGCUCCGCCGUCGCCCAUGUUUCCUUCGGCGGAGGAGAUCCGGGUGGUGCUCACGCUCCUCGAGCUCGCCGAUCUCAUCCUCGAGCGCCGUCAGCCGCCGCCGCCGCCGCCGCCCGACUCCCUCCGCUGGGCCGGCCGGAAGCCCAGAUCGGUCGCCUCCCGUCGCCGUCGCCCUCUUCAGACGUCUUCCCCGCCUCCGCCGCUGGUCGGUAAGGAGAGAGAUGCAUCCGCCGCCGCCGCUACCGCUGCUUCGAGCCCCACCACGCCGCUCUCCUUCCAAGAAAGCGGCGGCAGCGAGGAGGUCGAAGCCCGCCCGGAUCCGGGGGCGGAACGCAGAAAGCGGAGCCGAGAAGUGAGCUUGCCGCUUUCGUUCCAAAAUAGCGGCGGCGAGGAGGGCCUCCCGCUCAUCGAGCCAGGGCCAGAGCACGGCAAGCGGCGCUGGAAGUUGAUUGCGAGAGAGGAUCGCAAAUCCUUCUCCAACACCUCAUCAUCGAUUUUUUCCUACCAAUCGCACCAGGCCACGAAGCAGCGAGAAGUGGUAUCAAUUGGCGGCGGAGUAGCGGACCCAAUGGCAGUCAACCACCACCCAUGGACGGCCGCCUUCUCGGCGUGGGUGCAGCCCACCGGCAGCGACGGCCACCGGCAGCGGCUGUCUUCGCGCGCCGCCGUCGGCCUCCCGGAUCUAAACGUGAGCCCAACCGAGGAAGAAGAGCAACUGCAGCAGCAGCAGGAGCAGGAUCGGGUGUUGGGGUGGGAACAGCGACAGCAGCAGCUGAUGGCGUACAGAGUCGCCACGUCACUGGCGAGGAGACGGCGAGUCCAGAUUCAAAGGGAGAAGAGGUCUUCUCCCCUUUACAAUUCCAAGUAGAGACGCGACGGCCAAAAUGCCAUUUCCUCCCCUUAUUUUUCCCUUUUUUUUUCCUCUCCUAAAAGAAAAUUAAUUAGAUGGAUUUCAUGAUUUCGAGUUAAGACGCUUUUAAUUUUUCGAAGUUCAUGUUAAAUUAUAUCAAAAUAUUCCGGUCGAACCGGAUUUGA